AUGCCUCUGCCAACCAGCGGUAAAGGCCUUGAGCUGCUUAUCAUUCAGAUCUGUUGCAGCGUAAUUGUCUACAUCUCAGCAUGUCUACGACUCUGGGCCCAACACGUCAAUAGAAACAGGCAACUACAGCAUAAUAACACCGCCAAAAAGAAGCAGUCACCACAUGAUAUACUGAUGCUUGCAUCUGUGCUUCUUUACACCGUCCAGACUAUCGUUGUAAUUCGAGGCAUCAUCGAGGGUGGCAUCGGACAACAUGCAAGCAAGAUCGACAUCGCGGAAGUUACCAAAGGCUUUCAAACGUGGUACUUCGGCGAACUCAUCUAUGCCGUGCUUUCAUGCCUCGUCAAGACCUCUGUAAUCUUGUUCUUGCAAGAAGCAUACAUCGGCCGAAGAAAAAUAAGGAAAGCUACUGAUAGGCGCAAGAUCUGCUGGAUUUUGUAUAUCUGUCUCGCUGUCAUCUGGGCAACCUCGAUCGUGUUCCUAUCUGCCAGUAUCUUUCAAUGCUCCCCGCCAAGCCAUUAUUGGAAACAGUUUGAGAACCCUAGCAGUGAAGGCGCAUGUUCGAAGAGCGUGGUACCAGCUGCUGGUAUUGCUCUUAGUAUAGUUUCAGCCGUCAGUGAUUGGGUUUUAGCAUCGGUGCCUACAGUCGCUCUGUUGAAGACGCAGAUCCCAUGGCAAAAAAAAGCCGCCAUCCAAGCUCUGUCGAGCUUAGGAGUAUUCCGAACCUCGUCGAGCCAGGGCCCUCCUGUAACGGGGAACUGGACUUGCCGCACUCAUGUUGAGCGAGGGCUAGGGCCGAGCGAGGAUCUUGAUGAUGGAGAAAUCUUGGUUUACCCGGGGCAGGUUAGCUCCUCUACCCAUGUUGGAGGACAACCUGACACUCCAUCCAAAUCUGGGAAAUAUGUUGCUGUGUACAAUGCCAAGAUUCCGACCCACAUGGGUAACCAAAAACACGCUUAUAAGGAGGAUCUUGAUAUAGUAACUGCUAUAAUCGAUGUAACGAGAAAUUGGAGCCGGCACCAGCGUUUUUGGGACGCCACUGAUGGUCGCUCAUCGUCACUGGUCUACAAAUAUGCCAUGGCAACGACGACUGUAGAUGAUGUUCUCGCCGACAACAGAUGGAUGACGGUUUCUGAGCAAUGUGGCAGUCUCUCAAUACAGCUAACGCCGCUUCUCGCUGAGCGCCUUGACGCUACCCAACAUACUGCCGGAAUGGCUCUCCUUAUUGGCUCACCAACCUCAGGUGAAUUGUCAGAUCAUUUGAAAGGGACCUCAUCAGAUGGAGAUAUCCUUCUCAACGUAGACCCACGGACUAAAGUCCUGCAUGUCGCUUGUCCGACACUUGCAAGACAUGUAGGUACGGAAGACCACUGCCCUGGCGACAACAUCGAGUGGGCUAGGGUGAGCAAUGUAAGAGCCUCUCAGUCCCUAGCUGCCAUCUAUUCUCGCCUAUUGGGCCCGUUCACCCAUGUAGUCUGUGUCUUCGCCUCGAGUUUCACGUCCACAGCCGAGCUUGGUACCUUCCUAUCGACAUGGCUGCGGUCCGCCUGGUCUGGGACGCAGAUUUCUAACUCUUCUUCAGCUUCUGCACAUUCAAUGCCCCAUGAUUUACUUGUAGCUCUGCCACGCCUUAUUGUUCUGACGGAGGAGAAGUCUUUCCCCGGCAGCGAUGUUUUGGAAAAUCUCAAGGCAUCUCUGGAAGCCAUCGUCUUUGAGCAGACAGGAUUCUUUCUCAAUAGAGCCUUCUCUAGCUUUACUGUGAAAGAUACUUCAACGGAAGCCUGCCUACUUCGACAGCGUCGAUACACAAAGCUGACGGCUCUUCUGGCGAGCGAGUGUGCGGCGGCGCGGAGAACGUUCGAACGCUUAAAUAUGCUCUACCAUACACACACCAUGGUUGACUUAUUCUCUAGGGCUUAUCACUGCCUCUUGAACAAUGAAGUGUUUAAUCCAGUUGCAGCUUCGCGGGCAUGGAGUCCGGUACCACCAAAUGCGGCACAGCAGAUUGUAAGAUUUCUAUCUGAACAUAAAGACGAAGAGGCUCUCCGAACCUUUGCUUUACCAUAUCUAAUCUCUGCCAUACGCGCGAACGCGUACCCGGCUGAAGCUCAUCCUUUUGACUUUCCACUCAUCUUUGACACUCUCUACAAAUCCAUCUGGCACCACGCCGCUCGCACAGUGUGCUUGAAAACAGACAUGUACCUACUGGUUGAGAAUAUGGUGAGAGACCCUGUGAAUACCGUAGUCGCUGUAGAUAACGACGGUACUACGACCCAUGUGAGGACUGUGAAGUCUAUGAGCCGCCUGAACUCCACCAAUUCCCAGCACACCGUGACAUUCGUAGAUUCAAAAUCCAAUGACAAAGGCAAUGACAGACAGACACAGCCGAAAAAGGUACCGACAGGUCGGCUCUGCCAAGAAGGUGACACGGUGGAUUUGGAUACGCCGAUGAGCUCACAUGAGCGUCGCCACCUCUUAUUUCUAGCCACCUCUCGUGAUCGCUGGCGGUCGCACAAAGUUCACGACUACUGCCCCGCUUGCAUUCUACGACGACCUGAGUAUGGGCUACCCUGCGGCCAUAUGUAUUGCGAGUAUGACAUUAGACGUCUGGGGCGGAAGAUAGGGCGUGAAACCUACGCUGUUGAAGAAUGCACCUGUUGUCAAGCUUGCUUCACCGGCGUAGUUUUCAAAUUUCGGCCUAAGACAAAAGGUAUCAGGGUCCUUGCUCUUGACGGUGGCGGAGUCAGAGGCAUCAUAAUGCUGCAAUGUCUACACAUGUUGCAGUCGAUGCUAUGGGUCUUCCUUCCUGGGAUGCCCAUAAUAGACCUGUUUGACGUUUGUGCCGGGACAAGCUCAGGUGAGUGAUCAAAAAGGUUUAUUUUGAGACUGAAGGCGAGAAACAAAUAUCAGGAUAGAGGCUGG